CGGUAAAUUAAGGAGCUGUGAAAGUUUGACCAAAUUGUCGGAUGUGUUAAAUCUCUUUAUUUAAAACGAAACGGUUAUAAUUAUAAACUUUUAUAACGAUUAAUUUCUCUUCACGCGGAUCAGUUUAUGACGUAGCCAGGCAUUGCUGCUCUGUCGCCACGGUAACCAGACAACCAUUGUAAGGUGACGAUACAUUGGUUUUCGUGUUUUGUUUAUCUUACGUGUUAUUAAGUAACGUUAAAUGUAGUAAUGGAGCUCAUCGGAAGCAGUUAUAAUGGCGGUACAAAAAACGGCAGGAUGGAUGGAAAAGGAGUGUACACGUUUCCCACAGCGACCAAGUAUGAAGGAGAGGUGAAAGAUGGGAUGUUUCACGGCAAAGGGGUAUUACACUUUCCCAAUGGAAGUAAAUAUGAGGCAACCUGGGAAAACGGCAAAGCUAAACAGGGGUCAUUUACCUUCGCCGAUGGUCUGCAGUACCAGGAGAAGGACUGGGACUACUGUGAUGGAUACGACAGGCGCUUCUACAGUGAGAGGUGCAACGGAUUCAGACCUCCAGGAGAAUAUCAGCUAACUGAUCUACAUCCUCCUCGCGUCAUUCCUGAUGGAUUCUACGAUUGUGGCGAUGGUUUCUAUGACCCCAAAACCAGAGUUGUCACUUCUCUCACUGGGCGAUUCCGCCGGAAUGCAGGAGUUACAUUCAGGACGGAAUCAUGCUGACCAGGCACUCGGGGCGGUCUAAUUGCUGGUCUGGAGGCCUAAGGGUCUGGGCUGGAGGAAGACUAAUUGUUGGUGAUUAUAAACCUCAGAGCGGUGGCUUGGUGUCAGCUUUCGAUCAGACAAACACCAAAGCUCACACACAGCUCCAAGCAGUCACACAUGUGCACACACAAACUGAUGUGCAUGUGUUUCCAUAAUACAUAUCCACCAGCGUCAGGCUACAGCAAAGAAUUUUACUAUACACUGUUGCUGAACCCUAUUUCACCUCAGCUACCACACACACACACACACACACACACAAGAGAGUCACAUCUGUACACAUUUUGAAUACACACACACCUUGGUCAAAGUGAAUCAAAUAAUCUCAAAUAUAUGGAAUGAAUGAAACUGAUGUUAAGUGUAUUCUUAAAUUACAAUAAAUCAAUGUAGUCUAUAUGUCUAUAUGUUUGUCUCCAUCUCUCUCUGAGAGCACACUGAAUUUCACCCUGCAUGCAUUUGUCUCAGUAUCCAUUUGUUUAUUUACCACACUUCCCUAAAAUCUUACAUUCAAACAAAAGAAAAUGUCAAGUCAAAACCAUUCAUAAGAUAAUAAUAUGAGUAUCACAGCCCUGUGUAAAAUAGCUACCUUUAUUUAACUUGAGUGUGAAGAUACAAUUUAGUAUUAGUAGUAUUACUAUUAAUAGUAUUGUGAUUUAAUUUAAAUGUAGCAUUGUUUGGUCCUUUGAAAAUGAAUACACGGAUGUGAUAUAUUUCAUUAUAGGACAAAUACUUCCUUUUCACAAUUUAUGGAUGAAGAGGCAACCUGUCAAUGUGCAGUAGAAGUCAAUUAAAAUAUAAUUUGGCCUUUUCCCUUUCUGUUUUAGGAUUCAUUGCGCACAACGCUUUAGCGCCACUGUAGAGGCCGAAUAAACUCAGAUAGCUGCCAGUUCAAACGGGCAUUUCCGGUGAUCUCGGUUUGUUUUACACACGUUCCUCUCGACAUGAUAACACGCUUCCUGGCACGUGGUGCAUUACCCUCGCGUUCAUUCAAAGGCACAGCCUAUAACCUCAAAUAUUCCUGCCUGCCCCGUCCUAGAUACAUGUGUGCAAAAUGUUGUGUCUUGGGUAGCCAUAAUAAAAAUGCGGAUCGCUUCACUCGAAUAUUAUUUGGUUACAGGUUCUUACAAAAGGUACAAGAAACAGAUAAG